UCAAAAUAGAAUAUAAAAUGAAGAGUUUGGUUCUGUGCGUGGUUAUCUUCACAUUUUCACUUACUAAAGGUUCCGCCGAUCAUGCUCAUCAUCAUCAUGAUUCAUAUUCAGGAUAUGAUUCCUAUGGUUCCCCUCUACUGCCAGUUCCGAUACCCUUGUACGACUCCCCUCAGGACCCAACCCCCAUCGUUACCCAGGAUACUUAUGGUGCCCUUCUCGCCCCUGUGGCUGCACCCUCCGAAAAUGGAUAUGGUGCCCCCCUAGCCCCUGUGGUUUCCCCCUCCGUGGAUGAUUAUGGUGCUCCGCAAGCCCCUGUACUAACUACAGUAGCUCCAACUACAGUAGCUCCAACCCUCCCUCCAUCGGCAACUAUAUUUAGGGAUGGUUUCACCAACAUGGGAAUAUCAAUCAUCUCUCUUCUAGUCAUCUUCCUUUGGCCAGUUUAUACCUCUCAGAAUGUGAUUGACGCUCGCAGUCGGAAAAGGCGAGAUACUAGCGAAUAUAUUGAAUACUAUGAUUUCUAUCCAGAGUACAACGGAUACGAUCAACCUAAUGUUAAGAGAGAGUACACUACUCCUAAAGCAGAGCUUGCUGAACCUGAUUACCCAACUGGAACAGGAACUGGAGAACCUGAGAUCCCUCCUCCAAUCUUUGAGAUCAAUGAAGGAACCCUGAUCGUUGUUGCUCUAGCAACUGCAGUCUUAGUCUUUUGUGAUAGUGAUAUUUGCAGAAUGGACGAAUUGGCAGGAUUUCCUAUGUUCAAGAGAUCAAUUCAACCGAAACCAAUUUCAUCAAACGGGAAGGUUUCACGAGGAGGGUCUAGACCUGCUGCAUUCCCAAGAUCAAAUGGACAGCAUGCACCGGAUGGACCGGCCCGUGUACUCGAUGUAAAGGUUGUAAAGGCAGUACAGCUGGGUGGACAGGCUGGUAACUGCUUGGAACCGUAUGUAGUUGUUGAGGUUGAUGAUCCGAGCCAAAGGCAGCAGACGAGACCUGGCUCCGGACCUCAGACUCAGUGGAAUGAAACUUUUUCAAUGGAUAUAACGAGCUGCAGCUCUGAGGUUCUGUUUGAGGUUUGGGACCAGGGACAGAAAAUUGGAAAAUCAGAUACAUUCUUGGGACUGGGCAUUGUAUCAGUAAGUGAGUUGAUGUGCACUGUCAGCCAACGUCACGUGAUCCCUCUUCAGGGUAGACCGUACGAAGAGGAUCAGGUGACCGGAAUGUUGACGAUAGAGUUCCUGUUUAAAGAUGGAGGAAUAUCAUUCUCAGAUACUGAUACUAUGCACGGAGUUCACAAGACCCUUGAAAUGCGGCAAAGUAAAGGAGUUGGAGGAGGUGUACAGUAUAAUACGAAGACGACAUAUUUUCUCUACGAGCCACCAGAUGGCGGCCUAGACUCCGUGGACUGGGCUAAACAGGCGGCAAUACAGGAAAAGUCGGCUCCCGUCGACGGGAUAUCUUUGAUUCCCGACCUAAAGGAAAAUAUCACAAUCUUGAGGAGGGAAUCCUAUAUUAGAGCCAAUAAACAAGAUUUACUGAACGGGGCGGAUGUUGCAGAUUUGGCGAUUCAGGAAUUAGCUGCUAGAUCUAGAAAUACAUCUUUGGAUGACCAACCAACAAAAUCUACACUUCUUAUACAUGCAGUACAGAAGCCUCCUCGAACUCAAAGCAGCUCAGUUCAAUCUCCAACUCUUGAUUCUACAGAAAAUGUUUGCUCUGACAGUUUAGGAGAUGUUAGUCUCACGUCUAAAGAAUCAGGUGGUCCUCUGAGGAGGGGAAGAGAAAAGAAAAGAAAUCUAAUCAGCACAAUUAAAAAACGAUUCUCAGGAACUAGAUCAUUAUCUACAAGUAUGAAGUUUGAAGAUAAUUCUAGAACCUCUUCAUCUUCUAGAGUUCCUUCUCUUGAUCGGAUACGAAGUGCAUCUGAACACCGUUCUGAAAACUUCUCAAAUACAAGUGAAGAGUCUGGACUGGAUUCUGAUAGUGGUUGCUCACUUAGUCUAGCAAGCUGGAGGGGGAAUAUAUCAAUGUCAUGGGAAUCAGGUUCGUAUCUGACGAUUCCAGGACUCCACUCUGAGGAUGCCAGCUCUAUGAGUGACGUCAGUGGAAUAUCUGCAGCCUCCAAUAAAACCUAUGUUACUGAGGACAGUAGUCUUGUCCUCGAAACUUUAGAGGACGGUCGUCAUCACCAUUAUCUUAUACCAGCACAGGUUGCUAAGCGAGGAAGGUUUAAGAAGAGAGGAAUAAAGCUUCAUAUUUACCUGGAUCAUAUAUUUGUUGCACGACACAUCAAAUUGGGUACAGUAUGUUCUGCCUGCGAUGUACAUAUACCUAUUAUGUUCUACCUGCGAUGA